UCGGACAACUCCACCCCUCCUCAGGGGGUGCCCCUGAGCGCCCCCGUUCUCCCACUCACCCCCCUCAGUGGGGGGCUCCUGAGGAAUUGGGGGCUGGGACCCUUGUGUAGCGGCGGGGUGGCUCAGACUACUCAUUUCUCCUCAGAGGGGGCGCGUGGGCCCCCCCGCCCUGACCCACACAAGGGAUCUCGGGGGGGGGGCGCCCCUCUUCCCAUUAAGAGUGGGCUGGGCGGUGUGCAUAAGACAGACCAGCCCUGUCCCCCCAUGGGUGUGUGACAGAGACUUUAAAGGGCCCUCUUGUUUUCUUCCCCUCGCCCCCUGAGCUGUGUGACUUUCUGCCUCUGCGUUCACUUUUCCACGUUAAUUUUUAUGGGGUGGGUUGGCACUUGGGGGCUGCACUGUAACAGCCUGGCCGGUCUCGUCUGUGUUUGGAACUCGUGAUUGCUCAAGUUUUGGGGGUGCCAGAUACUGUCCUAGUCUCUCGUUUUGCACAUGCCCGUCUGGCACUGAUGAGAUGUAUUUUUGUUGACUGGUGGAAUUAACCUUUUUCUGGGCAAUAGCCCACGUUUCCCGAAGCAGGUUUUUGGAGGGAGUUAAAUGUAACUUGAGUGCAACAAAAUUAAUGCAAGCUGAAUAAAAUAUUUUGUUUCAGAAUACACUAGGCCUGGCAGUAGUUACCUUGCUCAUCCUACAUGAAGCACAAUCAUGACAGAUCAAGAAUAUAUCCUAUGCAAAUGGAAGAACCGUUUAUGGCCAGCAAAGGUUUUAUGCAAAAACAGAACUUCCAGAAGACCAGUUGUUUCUAAAGCAAAAGAAGCCUCUUUCAAAGUUGAAAUACUCGGUCUGGAAGAACAGACUAAUGUGAACUGUGUGGACACGGAGCCUUUGGAGGAGGAGCGCAUAAAAAUCAUUGCCUCUGAAUUAGACCAGAGGAAUAAACCUAGUCACCCUGUGGAAGAACUGAAGUAUCGCAAAGCUCUUAAAAUCGCUCUAGAUAUUUUGAGUGCCUCUCCGAAACAAGUAAGGCCUUCAGAUGAGGGACAAACUACUCGAUCAGGCCAGAAAGAAAAUAAAAUAAGAACUUCACUAUCUCCUCCUGUGACUAGAUAUCCAAUAUCUUCCCCAAAAAUAAAAUUGGAAGAGGGUGAGACCUUGAAGAAAAAACGGAAACAAAAGACACCCAGCCCACAAACUGAUACAGAAAAAAACAAACGAAAAUAUCUGCUCAGUUCCAAGGAGACGGCUAAAACGCGUGGAAACAGAACAAAUUCUUCAGUAUCUAAAUCUGGGGACUUUUCUAGCACAUGGAAGUCAGAAAGCCAGCAUUACAAGACAUCUAAAUCAAAAGUAAAAACAUUAACUCAACAGAAAACAGUAAAAUCCAAAUUAUUGCCAAAGUCCAAAACAGGAAAAAGCUCAUCACUUUUGCUAAAGGAGAAUGAGAAAAGUAAGAAAGGAAGAAAGAGACCAAGAGAUGCAGACGAACCCUCAUCUCCUAGCACUAAAUUCCCAGAUGAUACAGCACAUGUUUUUGUUAGAGAGAGUACCCCAGUAUCUGCUUCCUGCAAUUCUGCUAUGUUAAUAUCUGCUGGAAAAAGGCCAAAUGUUAGGGGUCUGCCCAAAAAGAAAUUACUGGAUUUUUCUAUUACAAGUACCUCACCUGAGUUAGAGAGUAACAUCAAUGAAGAGAGAGACACUCCAGCGAGGAAAUAUAAAAUGUUAGAUGUGAGCAAAAAGCCAGUGAAUUCAAAGUGUGUUAGCUGGAAACAAAAGACUACUGCAGUGCCCCCUCUGCACAAAAAAGGGGGAUGCAUAAAUGGCCCGGAACCUUUAUCUGGGGCUUCUAAACACAAUAAUUAUUCUGAGAGCCCUCUUUCUGAGUUUAAAAAAGAGGAGAAUAAGGGUACUCCACACAGUCCUGUGAAUAAAGCUAAAAACUGUCAGCUACCUGAUUUUGACGAAGAUGAAGCAGGAUUGGACUCCUCUGAUCUGUCUUUGAAGUUUAGCUCUCCAGAAGGUAUCUCUCCCGAUACAACUUUGGUAGAUGAGGAGGAAGAAGAGGAAGAUGAAGAACUUCCUAGUAUUCUCUUAUGUCAAGAACCAUGUUCAAUUGAACCAGGGAUGUUGGUCUGGUGCAAAUUGCCAAGAUAUCCAUAUUGGCCGGCAGUGAUAAAAAGAGUGACGCGGAAAUAUAAAAAAGCAAACGUGCGGCUAAUAGAAGCGGGUAUGAAUGACAAGAAGGCAAAGGGUUUCUCUAUAGGUCUCAAAAAUCUAAAGCACUUUGACUGUAAAGAAAAGCAGAACCUAAUAGACAAAGCCAAAGAGGACUACAGCCAGGAAAUCGAGUGGUGCAUUGAACUGAUUGCUGACUACAGAAUUAGAGUAGGUUGUCGUUCUUUUACAGGAUCCUUCUUGGAAUACUGUGCUGAUGACAUCAGCUAUCCAGUUAGAAAAGAAGUUAAUCAAGGUAAAAUACAAAUGACCUUCCCAGUCAUAGCAGAGGAAGACUUUGAAGAAUCUUUGUCAGAAACUACACCUAUCAAACCCUCCAAGAAAGUUCUUCCUGAUAGAAUGAGGGCUGCCAGAGACAAAGCCAACUCAAAGAUAGUCGACUUCAUAGUGAAGACAAAGGGGGCAGAGGCGCAUCUUUUGGCUAUUUUGAAAAGCAAAAAGCAGUCCAGGUGGCUGAGAGAAUUUCUGAAUUCAAGUCAGUAUAUGACCUGUGAGACCUACCUUGAGGAUGAAGAGCAGUUGGACCUCGUGGUGAAUUAUUUGCAAGAAGUCUGUCAUGAAAUAGAUACUAGGAAGCUGGAUGUAAAAAAUGGUGAUAGAAUAAAAUUUAUUUUGGAUGUCCUUUUGCCUGAAGCCAUCAUUUAUGCAAUUUCUGCUGUGGAUGAUAUAGACUACAAGAAAGCAGAGGAAAAGUACAUAAAGGGACCAUGUGUCAGCAAAAGGGAAAGAGAAAUAUUUGACAAAGAAAUUCUAGAAAAAAAGAAACUGGAGCUGCUGAAGACUGACCUACCCCCUGAAGAUAGCGUAUAGAAACAGCAGUAUGGAGCUUUAAAGUCUGCACUGGCACUGAAUGUAUAUCAUGGAGAAGAAAGCAAAUUUUUGUAUAAAAUGUGAAAUAUUUUUACUUUUUUAUCAACAUGUAAAUAUUCUUUAGUGGAUGUGCUGAGUCUUCAGAGUGCUGUGUUCUUUUGGAUGCAGUUGUACUUUUACGUCUUGUACAAUUUUUUUUGUUCUAUGGAACUGCUCAUUGCUUUUGUCUGAGUGAUAUAAUGCUGAACUACCUGUAAAAUUAAUUUUACAAAGAUGUAAUAUAAAUUUUAUGGACUUAUUGCUAGACGUCACCCUAUCCCACUUGAAAUGUACAUUAGUAACGAACUAAGCGGAUAAAUGGCAAAUUCUUCAUGAGGCUUUUGACAUAAUCAUGUAAUUUGUAUUUAAUUUUGUGUGGAUUCGCCGUUCAGAAUAUCUUUGGAAACAAAGGUCUGUCGUCAGAGGAACCUGUGAUGAUAGAAAUGUAGAGUUACAGGAUUUUCUAUAGCCAAGUAUGCUUUGGUUGGCAGUUUCAUUACUGCUAAAUCUACUGGGUUUCCUGUCUGAAAAUUUUCAGAGGUUGGUUGUCCUUGCACUGCUUUUUAUUUCCCUAUAGGUACAUAAAUUAAAUGCCAUCCAUUAAUGAAACCCAAGGCACAGAAGCUCUUUCUGUUAAGAGGGUAACUUUAAACUUUAGUGUAAGAGAAGGCAUUCCAACACACUAAAAUUAUUUUAUAAUAUGACCAGCUUCACCUCAUUUACAAAGAUGAAGCAAUAAAUUCAAUGAGUGUCAUAUUUAGCAUAUUGUAGGUUAAUGAAACCAGUUUCUAGGCACACAUUUGGCAUUUUUAUGUCUAACCUAUUCAAAAAUCAAAUCUGCAUGCUUCUGGGGCUGUGCCAGCAUAGAAGCAGUUCACAUCAUGGUAUCAUAAAUGUAUUAGCCUGUUGCAAACAGAUUACUGUUGGCUGGCCUACAGUGAAGCUGGCGGACAUCAGGAUUCAUUGACAGAAUACGUCUUAAUUUGGGAAGAGCCAAUCAAAAAGGUUAGCGAUUUAUAUUCUAUUUGUAGUGCAAAUCUCUGAUCAGGGUGUGUUAUACAGUCUGAACUGAGGUGUAGUUUGAUUUAUAUGGAAUUAAAUGCUGUAGCUUAAUUUUUUUAAAUCUAAUUCCUUGUGAGAAAAUGGAAUGUAAAUGGCAUAUUGGGGGGGGGGGGGUGUAUAGUGUACUCAUCUGAAUAGUUCUUCAAAUGACACUAACUGCUCUGUAUCUUUAGAGUCCAUCCUCCUUAUAUGGUUUAGUGACCUAUUAAAUAAGUGUAUUAAGAAAAUGAAUGUAACAAAAGAAUGUGGGGAUAUCGUACUAAUAUGUUCUUUCAUAUUACUUUUCACUAAAACUUUUUGGAAAAGGGAUAAUGCAAUUUAUAUAAACUUUUUGUCAUGGCAAAAAACCUUUUAAUUACAAGCCAGUUAUAUAAAUAUACCUUCAGCUCUGCAAAGGUCUUGAAAGCUGCUUUAGCAGACAUUAAUUAUAGAUGGAGAUUUCUGAGGCUUGGUGCUAUCUCUUUACAAUGUGCAAGCUGUGUGUGCAGAAGAGAGAUUUUACAAGCAAACAACCAAAAAAAACUACUGCAGCCACUGGUCCCAGAGAUAAUGGGCCACACCAGAUGUAGAUCUCCUAAAGUGGAGGGAAAUGGGGGAGGGAAAGGCUUAAAUCACAAUGUGAUACCCAUUUCCCCUCCUGAAAUAAACCAUAACCAAACAUGCACUUUUCAUCAAUUUUGCCAUUAUGUUUAUGGGAUUUCUAAACAAUGCUACAGUAGCUGAAAUUCUAAUAUCUCAUGUUCUUGAAUUAGAUUGGGGAAAAGCAACCCCAAAAAUUCUGAUGCCAUAUUUAUAUGUAUCGCACUCUUUCCCAUGUUCCUUUUUUCCCCUUCCCUCUUCUAAUCAUAUCCUACCAUAAGACUUUCUUUAAAUACAAACUAGUAGAAAUAUCUAAUCUAACUGUACUUUAACCAAGAAUGAAUUGCCCUAAAGUAGUACAUCAUGUUGAAGUUUCUUAUACUUUUAAUGUGUGCCUAGCACAACUUAGCCUUGAAAAUAUUAAAAACAAAAUUUAAACAUUAUCUUCAAGAAACCAAAGGCUAGAUAGCUUUUUUUUUAACUUAAUUUGGGAUAACAAAUACUUUCCACUCAUUGUAGAAAGUGCAUAGACCAUUUCUGUAAAGUACAGAUAAAUCUGAAGACCAUCUUUGUGUAGUCCUAUGAUAAGACAGUGUAUUAAAUUUAACAGUACAUUCAGAUUGAUACUGCCUAAUGCAAUAAUAUUUGCUUUCUAUUAUAUACAGUAUUUACCUUUUUAUGGUAUUCUGUGUGACUUCAGUUUCUUAAAUACCAACUAAAACUGGUACCUAGGAAGGCAUGAAUUCUCCAAGGUUUAUUAUUUCUACUUUGUUUAAAUAAAUUCAGUUGCUUCAGAUACAGAUGAUGUAAUCCAUUGCUCUCAGUAAAAAAAAAACAAAACAAAAAACAAAAAACCUUCCAGCUGCAUUUAGUAUUGUCUGACAGCUGAGUUGAUUUUUGUUUUCUUCUAACUAUGGGUAUGUCAAAUACCAUUAAAUAACAUUUGAUACAGUAUUUGUGUUUGAAAUAUUUUGUUUAUCUUGUAAGAUAACAUCUGGGUGAAUAUGAGAAAGCAGUGUCCUGUAUUGUAAUUUUUUAAUAAAGUGGAGUAACCAAAAAACAAUUUUAAUCAGCAGCUUGUUCUUUGGGGUGUACAGUACAGUUUAACGCUUCCAAUAGUCUAUCAGCGAAGUGAUUUCUUUUAAAAUGUUUAACUUGUGUCUGCUUGUGUUUAUUUCUACCCAUGGAGGGUUUUGAGUAAGCAUCCAAAAGUAUUUGUGAUGUGUUUAUCUAAAUUGAACCUUCUGAGAUCCCUGUCUAUAUUUUAAUAACAUUUUGAUUGCCUUCAACAUCUAUGCUAAAGUUAUGUGUUUUGUAGACUAUUUA